CAGCUGAUUUUUACGUCCGGUUCGACAAGUCAUGCUUUUUCUUCCGGUCCGUUUAGACCGUCGUUUCAGUAUCUGCGGGAUCGACGGUGAAGAUGGUAGAUGAAGCUGGUGACAGAGAUGAAUCCUCUAAUGUUGCCAUUAUUCGGGAAGUAUACGACAGUGAGAAUGCUCAUGAGACAUUUGAAUAUGAGUUAGAGCGAGCUCUAGAGUCAGAAUGCAAUUUAAUUGUUAUCGAGCCAUCGAAAUUAGGUGAUGAAACCUCCAGAUGGAUAGCAGUGGGCAAUUGUCUUCAUAAGACCGCUGCCUUAUCAGGUCUUGCUGCAAUUGUCACAGGUCUAAUCUGGGGCGAUCGACCAUAUAUUUGUGGUCCACUAGGUAUCACCUCACUCAUGACCUGUGGUUUAUACACAGUCUCAUGGCAGUUCGAUCCCUGUUGCCAAUAUCAGGUAGAGACUGACACCAGCAAGCUACCACAUGUAGAACUAUUAGCUGUUCUAGGUCCAUCGUCACCGACGUUUCUUGUAAGAAAAGAUGAUAGGAGGAGACGAAUCCUUCAUACGACUAUUACACUGGCAGCAUUUGGCAUUACCGCCUGGAGAUUUUAUCAGGCAUUUAAAUGAAAGAAUCAUCGCCGACGUCGGCUUUGACUUAUACCAGAGAGAAGCAGUGAGGUAGGCCACAUAAUAUGUCAAGUUGUUUCUUAGCAUAGUAGGCCUAGGAAGUCUUUUGAUUGAGGAAGAACGCAGACUCGUUUCCAAUGUCGUGUCGUGUAAUUAUGACAUAAGAUAUAAUCCUAUUACAUUUUGACGAUUGAUUUAUGUUACUUUCUGAUGCUACCUCACAGGUGAAUGCUGAUUAUGUGAUUUCAUAAAUGCAAGUAAAAAAAAAACAGCAGAUUUUACCAGAGUUUUUAUAUUUGGUACACCACUUCCCUAAGAUUUUACAUUUGAUCUCUGUCUCGGCAAAAUUGUCAAAGAUAUUACACAAAGUUACAAAGACCGUAUCCGUACACGCAAUAUUGCUGCAGUGGAGAAAAAUAGAAAUAUCAAUAUAAGUGUUCUUAGAAUUUUGGAAUUUUUGCGAUGGUACAGCCGAAAGGAUGGAUUAGCGUUAUGUAUUUUUAGAUUGUAAAUAAAGAAUAGGUAGAAGUGUACACACACAGUACAUGCGGCAUAUUGAAGAAUAUGUCGCCUGUCUAGAUUUUCAUACCCAACGGAACAAUCUGUACUAAAAAUGUGUAAAACGAUAAUCGGGGAUACAUUGAUUAUGGAAACUCAAAUGUAUUUUUAGGCCCUGAUCAUUUUAUCGGCGAUGGACAUAAGAUAUUCAUUCUUUUCUACCGUUAACGUACGCGAGAUUUUUUUUAUCGAUUGCAUUAAUAUUGUCAAAUGGAAAUUAAUGUCGCAAACAUUCCUGUAAUUGUUUAAUGAUAAUAAUAAAAAAGGAAAAGUGCAAUCUCGUACAUUUCUCAGUACGUGAACUCUCUUCACAUGGCGUAAAAACUCGUUGUUAUGUGUAAACGGACCGUACAUCUUCUUGUUUGCACAUAUUAUUGACUAAAGAGCUCAAACAAUGAAAACUGUAAAUAGUCCUGAACAUUGCCAUAAGGAUUACAUCAAGCUCAGGAUGAUGAACGAUGCAUAUUUCAAUGUGUUAUCGUUACAUCGUUAUCAAGCGGCGCAAUAAUGCCUCGACGACAAGUAAAAUGUAAUGAGCACAGCACAAACAGUCUGAGAAACCGAGCUGUAAGAUUAAUCCAUCUUGGAUUCCGUUCGAUACAUUAAAGAAGUUCUAUUUUGCACACGACACGCGCGAACACAUUUCUGCAUGCUGAAAGCUAUUGUUUUUUUUUCUUUUUCUUUUGGAUAUUAAAUUAACAGAGGUACUGUGUUAGAAUAGUCCGCUGCACAAGAACGAAGUUCUUGCCGUCAGACCGAAAAAUGACACACAUUUAAUUUCAGACUCUUCUCGUUAUACCGCGGUAAAAUUAACGUAUAUACAUGUACGAAAUAUUUACGUGUAAUACGCAUCGAACGUUAUAUCAGAACAGAUUAUACCAAAUAUUAUGUAAUGAUUUAUGAAAGCAUGUGAUUAUUUUUGUACCAAGUCCAAGAUCGCACGUAAUUUCGUUCAAUGAUAUUUGAAGCGACGGAUAGGAACAAUUCAUACGCUUCUAUGCUAUAGAAGCCAUAUGAGUAUAUUACUGUAAACAGGAUCUUGCAAAUCUCUGAACACAACGGUUAGGACCAUCGAGAUAAAAAGUUGAACAUGCGAAUUGUUAUUCUAGAGCAACGUAUGAUUACACAUAGAUCUGUCAUGACAAUAGAUGUCGCAUUUUACUAUUAUGUCAGACAUCCUUUUUGUAAAGAUUACUUUGAAAUCAUUGCGUUUUAAAUAAGUUCGCGUACUACUUAAGUAAAAAAUAGAGAAAAAAAAAAAAAAGAGUAACGAUAUAGC